GCGGAGGUGAGGUUCAAAUUACUGAGCACAGAUUUUCUUUUCACUAUUGAAGCAUUCUGGUUCAUCAUCCAUCCCUAAGCACCCUCAGUCUGACUUAACUAGUUGUGGAAACAUGGCAACUGAAGAAAAGAAACCAGAGGCAGAAGCCACAAAAACACAAUCUACACCUUCCUCAUCAACCAAUCAGAGCAAGCCUGCACCUGUAAAGCCAAACUACGCAUUAAAGUUCACACUAGCAGGACAUACUAAAGCCGUAUCUUCGGUAAAAUUUAGUCCAAAUGGAGAAUGGUUAGCAAGUUCUUCUGCAGAUAAGCUCAUUAAAAUUUGGGGAGCAUAUGAUGGAAAAUUUGAGAAAACAAUAUCUGGGCACAAACUGGGAAUCUCGGAUGUUGCCUGGUCAUCAGAUUCCAAUCUUCUUGUAUCUGCUUCUGAUGAUAAAACUCUUAAGAUAUGGGAUGUUAGCUCUGGGAAGUGUCUAAAAACACUGAAGGGUCACAGUAACUAUGUCUUUUGCUGCAACUUCAAUCCCCAAUCCAACCUCAUCGUUUCAGGAUCUUUUGAUGAAAGUGUAAGGAUAUGGGAUGUGAAAACAGGGAAGUGCCUCAAGACUUUACCUGCUCAUUCUGACCCAGUUUCAGCAGUUCAUUUUAAUCGUGAUGGAUCCUUGAUAGUGUCAAGUAGUUAUGAUGGUCUCUGCCGAAUCUGGGAUACAGCAUCAGGUCAAUGUUUAAAAACACUUAUUGAUGAUGAUAAUCCUCCUGUGUCUUUUGUGAAAUUCUCUCCAAAUGGUAAAUACAUUCUUGCUGCAACUCUGGACAACACUCUUAAGCUAUGGGACUACAGCAAAGGGAAGUGCCUGAAGACAUACACUGGUCACAAGAAUGAGAAAUACUGCAUUUUCGCUAAUUUUUCGGUCACUGGUGGAAAGUGGAUUGUGUCUGGGUCAGAAGAUAACCUGGUUUACAUUUGGAACCUUCAGACAAAAGAGAUCGUACAGAAAUUACAAGGCCAUACAGAUGUUGUGAUUUCAACAGCUUGUCACCCUACAGAAAACAUCAUUGCAUCAGCCGCAUUAGAAAAUGACAAAACAAUUAAACUCUGGAAGAGUGACUGUUAAGCCCUUUCGAUGUCAUGUUAGAGACUGUAUCAAGAAGUAGGUCCUAUGAGGCAAGAAACUAAGAUAUUUGAGAAUAGUUUCUUGGCCUAAAGGGAAAUCCCCUUUUUUCUUCCCUGGAAUGGGUAGCCUGGUGAGAAGAGGCAGCAUCUGCCUUAUUUGACAAAUGGAUCUUUUUCUUAUUUUUUUGUUUUAAGGGGAAAAAAUUUGCUUGUAUUACUAGAAGGUCCCAAAAGACUUUGGUGAUGCUUCUUGCCAACUCUCCUGAUGCUGUCAAAGGAAGAGUUUCAAUCUAUAUUGUGUUAUAAAUCGAGUCAGCAAAAACCUGAAUUUUUAAUUUUUUAUUACAGAAGGAUAAAUUUCAUUUCAUCAUGAAUUUUUCCUCAACUAAAUGUUCUGUAAUUUUUUAAAAGAUAUCACUUACCCACUUCUAACUCUGUGACCAAAUACAACCAUGUAAGUUUUUGGCUUUCUAUC